UGGUUCGCUCCCUCGGAUCGUGCGCCCAUUCUUAAUUUGUUCCCGCAUUCAUUGCUUUUGGCACUCUAUAAUUACCCAUCUCGAGGGAAGAAAAGAUCCAAUCCAGAUCAUAGCGGGAGAGCAGAGCGAGAGAGACGAUGGUCCAAGGAACGCUGGAAGUGCUUCUCGUCAGUGCCAAGGGCCUCGAGAACACCGAUUUCCUCUGUAACAUGGAUCCGUACGCAAUCUUAAUAUACCGUACGCAGGAGCAGAAAAGUAGUGUUGCAUCAGGAAAGGGAAGUGAUCCUGAAUGGAAUGAGAGCUUUGUGUUCACUAUAUCUGACAAUGUCACAGAGCUCUGUAUCAAGCUGAUGGACAGUGAUGCUGGUGGUGGUGAUGAUUUUGUGGGAGAGGCAAAGAUCCCUUUAGAACCAUUAUUUGCUGAGGGGAGCCUUCCUCCGACUGUUUACAAUGUUGUCAAGGAUCAAGAAUAUCAUGGAGAAAUCAAAGUUGGUCUCACCUUCACUCCACAGGAAAAUCGCCAACAGGGCUUUGAUGAAGAGAACUUCGGUGGAUGGAGAGCAUCCAACUAAGAUGGGAAAAACAUCUGGAAUCCAAUUUCUGCUACAGGAAUUCCAGCUUAUCCAGGUGCUAGGGAUUUAUUUUCUGCCAAGACUACUCCCACCAUUCCGAGAUACGUUUCGCCAGUCAAGGAACUACCACCAAACAAAAAGAUUCUCAUGUAUUGUAAUUUAGAUUGACCUUCCCUAUUCCACGUUUUCAUGUUCUUGGAUUUAUGGGCUUCAUGAUCUUUACAUCAUAGACAUGCUUUGGGCCACACUUAUAUUGCUUCUUAUUUUCUGUUUUUCAA